AGUUCGCAAGCCAGUUCUUUGGACUUGGUUGCUUAAGGGUUGAGAGAGAUUACGACUUCAGAUUGACUUGCUCCUCCUUGAGAUGCUCAGUUUUUAGUUUAGUUGCUUGGCCAGCCGGUUAAUCAGCUGACAAACGGGAAAAACAGGUGGUCACUGAAACGGUUAACAUGCAGAUCGGCAAUCGGUUCGGCAGCGCGUUUGUCGUGAGUCAGUACGCCAGCAAGGUCAUUAGUUUCGAGAUUUCGAGUAGGUGAGUGAACAUGCUUUGACUUGGGUGUAAUUUCCUCCCCGAAACUCAAGGCCGCCACAACCAUUGCCAGAGGUAACCAGAGUUUCUGGUGUGAGGCUAUUUCGGCUGGCAUGAGGUUGUGGAAAACUCCUAGUCUUUUUGGCCAAUCAAAAGAUGUGACGUAGAGACCUAGUAGUAGUCUAUGUAAGGGGGUGGGGGAUAUUUUUCAGACGGUCAGAGACAGUGACUACAUGUGAAUGCAGAGCCAUUGGCAUGAGGCGGCACGAGGCAUACUACGAGGCAUAUGUUCUCACCUCCGUCGCCCGUUUGGCUGAAUUGAGGCGCCCGGGUGGCGCGCCGCUCCGCGGGCGCGGCGUGAGGUCGCCAUGGCGUCGGAGGCGGCGAGGGACUUCUUUGGUGGCACGCUGGGCGGCAUGACCGGCAUCCUUGCCGGACAUCCGCUCGACACUGCCAAGACAAGACUCCAAGCCAUGCCGCAGUUUGACAAAAGCAGCACCCAACGGGUUCUGGUCGAGACCGUGCGUGGAGAGGGCAUGCGGGCUCUGUACAAAGGAAUUUCGUUCCCCUUCUGCAGCACGGCGCUCAUCAAUGCCGUGGUCUUCAGCGUUCAGGGCAUCUCGGAGCGCACUUUGCGCGCUGUUUUCUCUGAUGACCGCCCCCCAGCUUACAGGAACCGCAUCCGACACCUUGGUUUCCGCCAGGGUGCCUUGCAGGGCUUGGGGCCCACGGCAGUGAAGGAAUGCCCUUCGUACGGUGCCUCUUGGCCGAGUCAAACCUGGCCAAGACAUUCAGAACGAGAGAUUGGACACAGGCACAAGAAAGGUGCUCAAAAAAAGGAGGAAGGAAAAAGAGACAAGAAAACAAAGGCAUACAAAGGAUAUACUGUAACUGUAACUAAUAUUUUUUUUGUAUCGUGUCAUUGUUGGUAA